CUGGUCGAUUCUCAGUACAUUGGUAGUCAUUUUUUUCUGCUCUUCUCACAUUACAGAAAGCUGUGGUAUUGGUAUAACUCUUUAAGAGGAGAAUCGCGAUAAAUAUAUUUGGAAAACUUUGAAAACAGCAAAGAUUCGGAAGCAAAAAUGCGACCGAUGCGGAUUUUCGUGAAUGAUGACCGCCACGUCAUGGCAAAACAUUCAGCCGUUUACCCAACUCAGGAAGAGCUUGAGGCUGUUCAGAACAUGGUCUCCCAUACAGAACGUGCUCUCAAAGCUGUGUCUGAUUGGAUUGAUGAACAAGAAAAAGUCACUGGUGAGCAGCCAGAACCGGAGGCCAUGGAAACAGCGGCAGAAGAAGAAAACAAAGAAGGAGGGGACCAGAAGGCUACAGAGCAGUUGACUAGGACCCUUCGUGGAGUGAUGCGUGUUGGGCUGGUAGCUAAAGGUUUAUUACUGAAGGGAGACUUGGAUCUUGAAUUGGUUCUCUUGUGCAAGGAUAAACCAACAACAGGUCUUCUGGAGAAAGUAGCUGACAAUCUUGGAGUACAGCUGGCUGCUAUUACUGAAGAUAAAUAUGAAAUAAUCCAGUCAGUUGGUGAUGCUGCAAUUAUAAUUAAGAACACAAAAGAGCCUCCGCUGACCCUGACCAUCCAUUUGACAUCUCCUGUUGUCAGAGAAGAAAUGGAAAAACAGUUAGCUGGAGAAACGCUAUCAGUCAACGACUCCCCGGACGUUCUGGACAGGCAGAAAUGCCUUGCUGCCUUGGCGUCACUCCGACACGCCAAGUGGUUCCAGGCCAGGGCUAAUGGGCUGAAAUCAUGUGUCAUCGUCAUCAGGGUGCUGAGGGAUCUGUGUACUCGUGUUCCUACUUGGGCGCCGCUUAGAGGAUGGCCCCUAGAGCUGCUGUGCGAAAAAUCGAUUGGAACAGCUAAUCGACCAAUGGGAGCUGGCGAGGCUCUGAGACGUGUUCUUGAAUGCCUUGCGUCAGGAAUUGUGAUGCCAGAUGGUUCUGGUAUUUAUGAUCCUUGUGAAAAAGAAGCCACUGAUGCUAUUGGGCAUCUAGACAGACAACAAAGGGAAGAUAUCACACAGAGUGCUCAGCAUGCACUGCGCCUUGCUGCUUUUGGCCAGCUUCACAAGGUGUUGGGGAUGGACCCCCUACCUUCCAAAAUGCCCAAGAAACCAAAGAAUGAGAACCCAGUUGACUACACUGUCCAGAUUCCCCCCAGUACAACGUAUGCUGUCACCCCAAUGAAACGCCCUAUGGAGGAGGAUGGAGAGGAGAAGUCUCCCAGCAAAAAGAAAAAGAAGAUUCAGAAAAAAGGUAUUGAGUUAACAAGAGAGGAAAAAACUGAACCUCCCCAGGCUAUGAAUGCACUCAUGAAAUUAAACCAGCUAAAACCUGGACUCCAGUACAAGCUGGUUUCUCAGACUGGUCCAGUUCACGCGCCUAUCUUUACUAUGUCUGUGGAAGUUGAUGGCAGCACAUUUGAGGCAUCGGGACCUUCUAAAAAGACAGCCAAAUUGCAUGUGGCAGUAAAGGUGUUGCAGGAUAUGGGUUUACCCACAGGAGUUGAAGGCAAAGAGUCUGUGAAAGGAGAUGAGUCAGCAGAGGAAACAGAGCAAAAACCAGUAGUUGUCGCACCUCCGCCUGUAGUAGAAACUGUGUCUACACCCAGUGCUGCCUCUCCUCCCUCAGAGCAGACUACAGAGAAUGUGAAACAGCAGGGACCAAUUUUGACGAAGCAUGGGAAGAAUCCAGUGAUGGAACUGAAUGAGAAGAGGCGUGGCCUAAAGUACGAGCUGAUUUCCGAAACCGGUGGCAGUCAUGACAAGCGCUUUGUCAUGGAGGUUGAGGUGGAUGGGCAGAAAUUUCAAGGAGCUGGUUCAAACAAAAAGGUGGCAAAAGCUUACGCUGCUUUGGCUGCGCUGGAGAAGUUGUUCCCAGAUGCCCCUGUUCCCAUUGAACAAAAUAAGAAGAAAAGAGCUCCUGUCCCUGCAAGGGGGGGACCAAAAUUUGCAGUUAAGCAACAUAACCCUGGUUUUGGAAUGGGUGGCCCCAUGCACAAUGAAGUGCCACCGCCUCCCAACAUGCGUGGCCGCGGUAGAGGAGGCAACAUGCGUGGCCGUGGUAGAGGCAGAGGGGGAUUUGGUGGCAAUCAUGGUGGCUACAUGAAUUCCGGAGCUGGAUAUGGAAGCUAUGGUUAUGGAGGCAAUUCGGCAACAGCAGGCUACAGCCAGUUUUAUAGCAAUGGGGGACACUCUAACUCCGGUGGUGGCGGCGGCGGCGGUGGUUCCUCCGGGUAUGGCUCCUACUACCAAGGUGGUGAUAACUACAACUCGCCGGUACCACCUAAGCAUGCUGGAAAGAAGCAGCAGCACGGAGGACAGCAAAAACCUUCCUAUGGUUCAGGGUAUCAGUCCCACCAAGGCCAACAGCAGCAGUCGUAUAACCAAAAUCAGUACAGCAACUAUGGCCCCCCACAAGGCAAACAGAAAGGAUACAAUCAUGGCCAAGGCAACUACUCAUCAUACUCUAACUCCUACAACUCACCUGGUGGUGGAGGCUCGGACUACAACUAUGAGAACAAAUACAGUUAUGGUGGUGGUGGUGGCGGCCGUGGUGGAGGAAAUAACUAUGGGUCAGGAGGUUCCUCGUACAACACUGGAUCACACGGUGGCUAUGGGGGAGGAUCUGGGGGAGGAGGGUCCUCAUACCAAGGUAAACAAGGUGGAUAUUCUUCUCAGUCCAAUUACAACUCUCCAGGUUCAGGCCAGAACUACAGUGGACCCCCCAGCUCCUACCAGGCCUCUCAAGGUGGCUACGGCAGAAACGAUCACAGCAUGAAUUACCAAUACAGAUAAACCAGCCCCUUCUCCAUGGGUGUGAAGUUUUGUUACCUUCCGCACUUGCGCACCCUUUGAAUAUCAGUUUUAUUGCAUCACAGUAAACAUGUAAACCCCCCCGUUUCCAUGUUGCAGUGCUCUUUGUGAUACCAGUCACUAAUGGUUGAGUACCUGUAUUUCCAUACUUAGCUGUAUUUUGGACAUCUAUGUAUUUAAUGGUUUGUUAGUUGCCAUUACAAUUUGUCUAAAUAGGGUUUUUUGAGUUAAUACAAUUUCAGUAUCCUUUUUCUAUUUAAAAUAGACGGUGCAUGACCGUGGUAUGGCUUUAAAUAGAGAAGGGAUAUGUCAUCUGUUAAUGCUUUUGUGAAGUGAGUUAAACGAGCUUUCUGUAUUUUAAUGCUUUAGUGUUUCAGUUUUAUAAGUGAAGAUUUUAUUUUAAAAACCAGUGGGGAAAAGAGUGGGUUUUGUAUGUCUGAAUCAUUCAGGCAGUACAUCUGGAUUAAGCUGAAUGUAGACAAAUAAACACAAACUCUUGAUGUCGUUGUCUCCCAAA